GAGUCAGUCGCGUUUCAUAUUUUGCCGCGCUAACCUAUCUAAAAACUUUUCCGCAAUUUUUAAGUGAUUUAACUGGACAUAUGAAGUCCGUGGCCGUAAAAUAUUAAAACAAAAUAAAGUGAUUUAUCUACAGAUUGAUUAUAAUUAAAACUUAUAUAGUUUGUAAAUUCAAAUUUAAAAGAAAAUCUCAAAUAGAAAGAAAAAUGAAUCGACACCCAGAAGCAACAAUAACACCUAAAGGUGAGUCAGAAGAAACCGGAGCACAGGUACAACCGCCGAUGGAACAAACAGAAGAAUCUUCACUACUUUUUAAGGAAUUAUCCAAAUACUACGUCCAGAGAGAAUUUUCUCGAAUCUUCGACAAAGCCAAUUACAAUAGAAUACAAGAAGAUAAUGUUUUUGAAAUAGGAAAGAAUACCAUAAUUGUUGGAGUAGGUGGUAUUGGAAAGACCUUAACAAUGAAGAAAUUAGCUGAAGAUGUAAAGAAGAAUUAUCCAAAAUUCUCCGUCAAUUGCAUUAACUUGGUAUUGAUGAGUUCAAUAUUUAAGUCCUUUAAGGACAAAAAAUUAACAUCUAAGCACAAUCCUGCACAAGAUGGCGAAAAUAUCGAUGUUUGGAACUUUGUCGUUGAUAAUCUUCUUGAUCUGGGAGAGACUGAGGAGGAACGGAGGCUCCAGAAGAGCCUCCUUGAAGCCCACGUCAAGGAAGAACAACCCAAAAUUGUCCUCUUCCUCGAUGGCUUCGACAAGAUCUCACCACUUUACACAAAUCAAGUUGUUCAGAUCAUCAACGGCCUGAAGGAGAUGAAGGUCCAAAUGUUCGUCUCAAGUCAACUUCAACUCCAAGAGAUUCUGCAGAAUUUGGAAUUUGAAUUAAACUACAAGAUUGAGCCAUUCAGUGAGAGGAUGCAACGAGAGUUCCUACGAGAGUACUGGAAGGACUAUUUGUGCAAAAAGGUAUCAAACAACGAAAUAAGAGAAGCUGAUAUUGAUCGACUUCACGUUAAUCUCUACACAAAGAAAUUCUUCAAGAUGUGUCAAAAAUCAGUGUUAACGGACACAAUUCUAAGUGUUCCGUUGAUGCUGAACAUCCUGGCGGACAUUUAUGCAGAGGAGUGCGUGAAGUUUUGCAUAAAGUCCGGCAGAGAAGUGAAGGAAUUCCUCGAGAUCGACAUCCUCAAUGUCUACGAGAAGAUCUUCAAGGAUAACUGCAAGAAGUAUUCCAAAAAAAUCUUCAUCAAUGUUGACGAUCCUGUCAUUGUUCAGGCUGAAGAAAGAAAUAUUGAAAAGUGGCGCCAAAUUUACAUGGCCAUUGCAGCUAAGAAGCUGCUCAAACUCCUCUACAGCGAAGAAAAUUUAACAGACACAGAAGGAACUGAAAUCUAUGAAAGAGGCUUCAUCACAGGACAGACCGUAGGCGAAUACAGCUUCAUAUAUGACACGAUGGAAGAAUUCUUUGCUGCUGAUUGGUUUACAAGGAAGAUCUUUCCUAACAAUGGAAGCAUAAAUGUUGAUCUGUUCGAGUAUCUGCUAAAGAAAAAUGCUCCACAAAAGGAGGCAAAGAGCAAGAAUAAAAAAGAUGAUGGACAGAAGGAAAAUAAACUGGACGUUCCUAAAGGCGUUCGAAGCUUUGCCUACAGAUUCAUCCUGAAAAGAUUGAAGGAGUUCCGAGAAUCUGGCAACGAAACAAUCCCAGAAGAGGAUAAGAAGAGAAUAUCGGCCUUUAUUAUUGAAUUCUUCCAUCAGGCGUGGUACAAUCAAGAAUCUUUCCAACUUGCCGCCAUCUUCGACAUGGCCAAGAUGUUCUGCUCAAAGGAGCAAAUUCAGGAUGUUCUCAAAGUUAAGAAACUCCUUGAAACUGUUCCAUUCACCUCGUCAGCUCAAUUGGAGCUUUCUGUUCAAAUCCACGAUUACUACUUUGAUCCUGAGGCUACCAACGAAGUUCUCGGACAAAGAGAUUUGAACAAAAUCAUGGAGCUAACUCUCAAGAACACCAACUAUCCGCUUUUUGAAAGUCUCUACGCUGCAAUGAAGGACCGCGGGAUUUACUCUGAAGAUGAUUUUGUUACGAAAACUUUUGAUUUAUUUGAAAAGUUCCUCCUGAAGCAGGAUCUGAAGGAUAGGCUGUUUGCCAAAGAUCUCUUUUGGUGGUUCUUUGAACACUGUCAGAUGAAACAAGAAGAAGUCUUGAGGAAACUGAAUAAAGUCUUCGAAGAAAGUAUUAAGAACAAUAAGCCUAAAUUCCCAGAACGUCAUCUAGCUGGUUAUCUUCUUACCUCCUUCUGGGACCUCAAGAUCAGAGAAGAGACAGAAGACAGAAACAACAAAGAAGGAGCUGAAAAAGAGUUCGUUGAAGGACUUUUUAAGAAUCUGAAGGAAUCCAAGAAUUUCUACAGAUUCCUCUACGCCAUCAACUGCACAACGAGGGAAGAUCUUCUGCAGAAAUCCGUUGAAGCAAUGCGAGAAUACGGCUUGGACUUUACCUGUUACGAUGGGAAAUCCGUUCUGUUCCACGCUUUUAGUGACAACAACACUUUUCUGUUGCAGAAUCUUCUGAAGCUUUUACACAAAUCUGAAAUUGAGGCUCAAAUCAGUGCAAAUGUCUGCGGAGGGACAUCCUUGACGCAACAGUGCACGAAAGGAAACUACCUCUGUGAGGUCAUCCUGCAGGAACUUGUCAAUAAAUUCGGAUCAGACGUCGUUGGACUAUUCUUCACGGCAAAAGUUAAGGAGACAAAAGAAGUUGAAGACAACCUCAAAAUCUUCUCGACCUUCUUCAGGAAAGACAUGAAGGUGGAUGAAGAAAUCCUCAAAGGACUCGCAAAACGUCUCUGUGAAAGCUGCAACGACAGAAAUCAGCUUCUCUCCAUUGCUGAGAAAGUUUCUAGUCCUGAAGCUUUAAUUUACAUUCAAAAUUUUCUCAAGAUGAGAUAGUUAUUUAUAAACUAGAUGGCUGCUUGGUUAGAACCGUUCUCUUCUUAGCAGCACUGCAGUAUGAGUCAUGUUGACUUUCUUAAAAUGUAAAAAAAUUGACUUGCCUGACCGAUGUUUCAGCUGGUUUGGAGCGUUGGCUGAAGAUCUCUUCAUCAGGCCUUCCUUAUCCUGCAACACUGUUCGUAAAUUCAGCGCUCCCACCGACUAAUUAACUCAGCGUUACACCUUCUAAUCUGUUCUCAAAUGUCUGUAGACUGUAGAAUCAAAAAGAAAAAUAUAAACCAAAAGAUUUAAAAGAAAAUUGUAAAAAUCUCUUUUAGAAUAAAACACAACUUUUCUGACUUUUUACCUUAAAA